AUGGCCGUAGCGAUCACCUCGAAAACAACGCAAGUUCUCAACGCAACGAAAAUGGCAAUCGAGCUGCAGACAGCAACUGUCCUGGUCACUGGCGCCAAUGGCUUCGUCGGCUCUCACGUUGUAUCACUGCUCUUGACGAAAGGCUACAUUGUGCAUGCCACGGUGAGGCGCCAGGAAGCCGCGAACGAUUUGGUGGCCACGUUCGCCUCCGACAAACUUCGCGUCUUCGUCAUCCCAGACUUAAGCGCAGAAGAUGACUUGGAUGAAGCGAUCCGAGGAUGUCAGUAUGUGGUCCACGUUGCUGCGCCCGUUCCGGCCAAAGAUGCUCCGGCUGCAAUCAGCAUCGACGCCGACGUUCGCAGACUCGAAAGUGUCAUGAAGACCGCUUCCCGCCAUGGAUGCAAGAGAAUGGUCCUAACCUCCAGCAUGUCGACGCACUUGGACAUCGGUGCACCGAUUCUCAACGAAUCGACAUGGUUCACUCCAGACCUGGCUACGACCAAACCGUUCUUGCAGUACAUGUCUUCCAAAACGAUGACCGAACGCCGAGCGUGGGAACUCUCUUCGAGCUUCAACUUGCCACUGACGACAGUGGCACCGGUGUACAUUGGCGGUCCCACCAUCAUCAAAGGACAUGAUCCGCGAUUGCCCGCCACAAACCAAGAUCUGUUGCGAUGCAUCCAGGACGAGUCCCGGUCCAAGGUGCCAGGCUGGAUCGAUGUGCGAACCGUAGCUCACCUCCAUGUACUGGCCCUCGAGACUGACGGAUUGGAUGGACGCAGAACACUAGCAUGCACCCACGAUCGAGGUAUCGUCAAGAUGGACUGUUCGCAGAUGAAAGCGCUCCUGGCUAAGGAGCCUUCAGCGCUUAUCGAGUACGACCGUACCAAGCGCGAUCUGCUCGAGCAGAUCCACACGUUUGGCUCGGCACACACUUCAACUGUGACAGUGUAA